CAGCGCAGAGACGAGAAUAUGAUUAUGUUCAUACGGAGCCGUCACCAUGUCCUGUCUGACUCCGAUCUUCUUCAUCUUGCUGGCAUUGAAGAACGCAGAAGGAGCCGUCACCCCGGUAGUCACCCUGAGACCCAACUGGAACAAUUUAUACUCCGGGGAUCGGGUGACUCUGUCAUGCAGUGUGGGAUCGGUAGAAGAAGAUAAACCUGGAAACUAUUACUACACCUGGUAUAAAGAUGACAACAAGUUAAUGUAUAAAACAAGCAAAACACUUUUUAUUACUGCCAAAGUAGCAGACACCGGAGUAUAUAAGUGUUCAGUGAAAUCUGGCAUUUAUAGUAAUCCCGUCCAACUUCAUGUUAUCUCCGGUGAUGAAGAAUAA